GUGAACGGAGACACGCGCUCAACUCGCGAGUGGUGAGAGUGGGCGUGAAAUCGCGCGAUGGGUGAGAGAGGGGUGUGACAUGGAGCGAUCUGAUUGGCUAAUAUAAUGAAAAUAGUAGAGAUGUAGCUCCUACCUUCCUCCUCUCAUAAUAACUUUUAUUAUUACUUCUUCUCUUUUCGUCUUCUAUCUUUGUGAAUAAACAUGCUAUGAGAUGAUUACAAAAAAAAACUUUUAGACAAAAUUUUGUCUAGUUUAUAUUAUUUAGUCAGCUUGAGAAUGAAAUUAAGAUUUCUUCAAUCUGAAAGUUGGUGUUUUUGGAUACAAUUGAGAGUCUUAUUUUUUUUGGUAAAACAAUUGAGAGUCUUCCAUGAAUUUACUUUGAUGUCUCUUCUUCCAUGCAAGUUCGAAUUGUAGGAUACAAAAAAAAAUCACAAAAUUUGUCAACUUGACCAAAACCACUUGGAAGAUGAUUGUCUGUGUUCUAUUAUGGAGUUGGACAUUAGCUUAAUGACAUUAUGGAGUUGUUCCUCUUGUUUUUAACCCAAAAUUGGUCUCUCCCCAAUGUACAAUCUUCUGAGUUUUUUUUGUCAAAAGUUGCUCACCUUAAUCUGUGAAUCAGUGAGAUUAAUCAAGCUUUUUCUCAAGGGGAUGCUGCAAUUAUCAUGCUCUCUGGUCAACUUGCUGAUGGUUUUCUCAUUUAAAGAGCAUCUAAGUUCUGCCAACUGCUUUUGAAAGUGCCAGCCUUUCUUCUAUCAGGUGAUUCGUCCUUUAAUUCAUGCCAACUUUUUCAUUUUCCAGGUUUAAGGGUUCAGUUUCUCGUGACUUGAUCGAAUUACUUGCUUCUUGCUGAGUCUUUUGGCGCCAACUUGCUUCUUUCUUGACCAAACAAUGUUUUGGCUCUCUAUGUUCUCCAAGGCUUUUGCUUUUCUUGCUGGUAUGUGAUUAGAUGAAGCUGACAUCUCUCUAUUUCUCUAACCAUGUGUCUUGUUUUUCUACAGUGGAUUGAAUCUUUGAUUGAUUGGAUAGAUCUUUCUGAAUCAAAGGCUGAAGCAUCUCUUCAAUCUUUUAAUGAAUGAAGCCAAUGAGGCGCUGAUUAGUGCUUUUCUGGUUUUGUUGAGAGCUAAAGGAGAGACCUUUGAAGAAUUAAGUAGAAUCUGAGACAAAAUUGUGGGGUUGGCCAAGGCCAUGAUGAAGCAUGCUAGGAAAUUGGAUGGUCUAGUCGAUGUAGUGGACAUUGUUGGAACAGGUGGUGAUGGAGCUUACACAGUUAACAUAUCCACUGGAUCGUACUUGCCGCAGCAUGUGGUGGAAAAGUUGCAAAGGUACACACAUGAAAACUUGUUAAAGCAUAGCAAGAAAAUCGUUCGAGUUCUUCUGCUUGUGGUAGCGCGGAUGUAUUAGAGGCGCUAGGUGUGGUGAUUCACUUAGAGCCAGAGAUGCGUAUCAUAUAUACAAUCCAAAGAAGUGUUAUUCUUAGUUGGAUAUGAUUUAUGAACUUGCACUAUCGGUAAAGGGAAUCUAGAGCUGGUGGUAACACUGUCUUGAAACAGGAGUUAAAAGAUGUGUUGAAGAAUAAGGAAUUGGUUUUGUGAUGUCCCCAAAGUAUCAACCAGCUAUGAAGAUCGUUGGCCCUGUCAGGAAUAUAAACUGUUUUCAAUAUAUUGGGACCUCUGCUUAAUCCCUCUAGUGUUUCUUAUGCAGUCGUCGUUGUUUAUCAUGAAAAUCUGGUUCUGAAGAUAUCAUUGGUGUUUCACUCUUAUGGCUUAGACGAAAUGAGUCCUCUAGGGAAAGUUUCUCUAUACAUCCAAAAUUUGAUAAUUUCUUGGCGUCUCCAUCAUUUGACCAUACAAGGCCUUUAUGAAAACAAGAGGAGGGUUAGUUUAUGAUGCUACCCCAGAAAAGAAGGAAAAGUUUUCAUUUGAUCCAUUGGACUUGGGGAUUCCUCGUUGCACUCUGGAGGAUUUGAGAAGUGGAGAUCCAGAGUACAAUGUGGAUGUAUUGAGACGUGUGCUAUCAGAGGAGACCGGGUCCAUAGCCGAUGCAUUGCUCUUGUGGACAGCAGUCGUGUUCAGACUCUAGCUGAAGGAAUUUUCUUGGCCCGUGAAGUACAGUCAUCUGGGAAAAGCUAUCAAGACACUUGAUUCAUGGAUUCAAACCUCUAAUUCAGCAUUCAAAUCUCGGUGACCGACUUAACUUUUAUACACAUUGGUUUUGUAGAUGAAUGUAAUGGACCUAAUGGUCCCUGUAUGUGAUAUUAGGUUUCCUUUUAUAGCAAAAAAGCUUUGAAAGCAGCUACUUGACUGUUUCGUUUGAUUCUGCAGUCCCAAAUUAAAGAGUUUGAAUAGCAAUCUGUCAACAAAGAGAUUUACCUCUCUUUUUUGUUGUUUUAAAAAGAACAUAAAAUAUAAACGAAAUCUCAACCGUUGACUCGAAUCGUACGUGUCUUAACAAUCUCAUCUUUGUGCUCUGCUUUAUACGGUGACGAAGCUCCCUUGUCUCUCUCUUAUUGAUUUUUAUAGGAUAAUCAAAAAGAACAAAAAAAAAGAAGGAAGAGAACGAAAAAGAUCUGGGUUUAUUACAAAACCAGAUCUUUUGCUCUGUUCCAGUUCUCCGACAUGAACGACCUCUUAAAGGGUUCGUUAGAGUUCUCCAGGGAUCGCUCUAAUAGAAGCGAUCUUGAGUCAGGACAUGGCCCAGGUAACUCUGGAGAUCUCGGGCUCUCUGGUUUCUUCAAAAAGGUCCAAGAAAUCGAAAAGCAAUAUGAGAAGCUUGAUAAGCAUCUCAACAAGCUUCAGGGGGCACAUGAGGAGACUAAAGCCGUCACUAAGGCUCCUGCGAUGAAAUCAAUCAAACAGAGGAUGGAGAGAGAUGUUGAUGAAGUGGGAAGAAUUUCUCGUUUCAUCAAAGGAAAGAUCGAGGAACUGGACCGAGAGAAUCUGGAGAACCGGACUAAACCGGGUUGUGGGAAAGGAACAGGUGUAGACAGAACAAGAACAGCCACAACUAUUGCGGUGAAGAAGAAAUUUAAGGACAAGAUAUCUGAAUUCCAAACUCUAAGACAGAACAUUCAACAAGAAUACAGAGAAGUUGUAGAGAGGCGUGUGUUUACAGUGACUGGCCAACGAGCUGAUGAAGAGACAGUUGAUAGAUUGAUUGAAACUGGAGACAGUGAGCAAAUUUUCCAGAAAGCAAUCAGGGAGCAAGGACGAGGACAGAUAAUGGAUACACUGGCUGAGAUUCAGGAACGCCAUGACGCUGUCAGAGAUUUAGAGAAGAAACUCCUUGACCUGCAACAGGUGUUUCUCGAUAUGGCCGUGCUGGUGGAUGCACAGGGAGAGAUGUUAGACAACAUAGAGAAUAUGGUCUCAAGUGCUGUGGAUCAUGUUCAAUCCGGAAACAAUCACCUAACAAAGGCAGUAAAAAGCCAGAAAAGUUCAAGGAAAUGGAUGUGCAUUGCCAUCCUUAUCCUACUUAUCAUCAUCAUCAUUACUGUUAUCUCUGUUCUCAAACCAUGGACACAGAAAAAUGGUGCCUAAGGUUCUAUUCUCUCUGCCCUGCUUCUGGGGCUUCUGUAUACAACAGUAUAUACGUGUAUCAUUGCAUCAAAUACUAUUGACCUUCCACUAUCACUAUAAAAAUGAUGUAUUCUUUUGAUCGGAUCAAUGAAUUAACUAUUUUACAGAUGCCAAAGUCGAAGACCAUUUCAGUGAACAUCUCGUCCUAACGAAUAUGAAUAUGAACCAGGAGACAGCAAGUGUAUAUUAAUAUUCUGUUGAAAUAUACCUUUAUCUUUUAUAUCUGUAGUGUGUCAAAACAAAUCCAGAAAAAACUAUUGGAGAAAAAGGGAUAAAAGAAUCUGAAUAUGAACCUUAAUCAGAUUUACAAUGAUGGGAAAAAGAAGAGCAAAAGAUACCUCCAGCUUCACAUUUGCUUCAAGGGAAGACCUCAGAGAAGGAUGAAGCAUAACGGACAUCCUUUGCUGCAUCAGUUGUCCGUCCUUCGAUGCAUAAGGGCGUCCGGGGGCAAUACCGAUAUCUUUGAGAAGGUUUGAUGUAUAAAGAGUAUGCAACUAACUUGCGAGGAGCUACUAACAAAAGAAUAACACUAAAAGCUUAUUCUCAGAAAGGGAAAAAAAAAAGCCGGGAACUGUAAAUAAAAAAAAAACCUCCGUAUGUUUGCUUCUUCGCCUUUCCUGAAAGAAUCUGAGAAAAAUCAAAUGGCACCUCACAA